GAAACCAUCAAGAGACAUGAAAGACAUGUUCUAAAUUGUGUAGAUCAAAAGGAGGAAACCAUCAGAAAACAUGUGUCACACAGUUUUGUUCUCUCAAAUACAAAUACAAAUAUCCCAGAAUUACAUAGUCUCAAAGAAGCAAUAGUUAAUAUUACAUGCAAAAUACCAGAAGCAGAAAUCCUAGUUAGAUAUAAAAUGUUUGAAAAAUUAUUGGAUGAUAAACGAAAUACAACAGUGACUUUGAGUUUUGAUGAAAUCAAUCAGCUUGGGAAAGAAUCUGGUUACCCUGUACAAGAUAGACGUGAAAUUAAUCAGUUUCUCUCAUACCAGAAUGAUGUUAAAAAUGUAAUAUACCACCAGGAUAUUCCAGAAUGUGUUAUCAUUUCUCCCAACUGGCUGUACAGUGUCAUCAGACAACUUCUAACAGCUUUUCAUUAUGAAGGGGAGAAUUCAGAUUACAAGAAGAAAGGGUUAAUAUCCCUCGACCUUCUAAACAGAAUAAUUGAGGACACUAAGAGAAAUACCAAUCAAACCAAACAAGAUAUAAUCAGUAUACUCAUAAAAUUUGACAUAGUUGCCAUUGCAUGGAGAGCAGAUGAAUAUAAAGAAACAGCUACAUAUUGUUAUUACGUUCCUAGUGUAAUACCUGAAGAACAUACAGUAGAUUUGGUGACUUUGUUUGAAUCAGAAAGAAGAGGAAAAACAUCAUUCCUGUGCUUUAGUUUUGACUUUUUACCACCAUCUCUUAUAAAUCAUGUGAUGGUCAAAUUGUUAUCACAGUAUUCUAUCUGUGAGCAAAAUGGAAAUAUAGCACUUUAUUGUAGAACCUUGUUGGCAAAUUAUGAUAGAUAUGCUAAGCAGAAGCUAUAUUUUCUAUCACACAAAAAUGAACUGCUUAUCCAAAUUUGGUAUUAUGGUACUCAACAAAUUUCACCAUGUUUUCAGGGAUUGCGGACUAUAAUUGAAAGUACUGUUAGCAAUUACAAAGGCAGACAUAACAUGAACAUUGCCUAUACACACAUAUUGAGAUGUCCUGAUUCAAAACAUUCUGCCACUGAUGGUUGGGAUAUUUUUGAUACAUCAAGAAAAAAGACAUUUUAUUGUGUGGAUCAUAAAACCAAUUAUGAAGAUCUAUAUUCUACUUGGUUUACAGAUUCCAAUCAGACAGUUGAGCAUUCAGAAGCAGUAAAUAGAAAUCUUGAAUCACAAUUCCAGAGGGAGAGCAGACAGAGAGCAUCAGUGACAGUUUUAGGAAUACCUUCAAUUGUUUUGGACAGUACAACCUACACGAUUCAAAAAGGUGAUACACUAAGACUCAGAUGUCAAAUUGAAUCAAGAAAAUCAAUGCCAGUUGUUAAAGUGAUCUGGUGGAGAAAAGUCAAAAGUAAUGAUGUAAAAGUACCAGUUCAAAAUGUUAUGAAGUACAGGGGUGGAACAAGGACUAUUCCUUCAUUGACUAUACUAGAUGUUAAAGAUGAUGACAAGGGAUCGUACUGGUGUGAGGCAAUUAACAGUAUUGGUCCAUCUUUUAGUGAAACUGUUGAAGUAAAUGUUGAAGCAGAAAAUCCAGUCCUAAUUGAUAUACAUGAAGAAGAAAAUUUUAUCCUGGCUCCUAAUAAUGGUUCAGAUAAUCAGAUAUCAAGAUCAAGUAACAAAGAUAAUUUUUAUUUAAUAGAAGAAAAUACAGAAAUCACAGAUACAAAGAAUGUUGAAAUCCAUCAACCUUUCUCUGAGGGAAAAAAUGCACCAAGUCAGAGGGAUAUAAAAAAGGCAGUAUUAGAUGCUGUUAUAUUGAAUGCUGAAAAAGAUCAAGAGGUGGCAACAGAAUUUAGAAAUCAUCUCAAGGAAUUUAUACCUGACAUUGCUGUAGAAUUAUUGAAAGAGUUUGUUAAACCUGGUGUUACACAUCUACAGAGUACUAAUGAAUUAUUCAAAUCUGCAAGAUUUGUUUUGAUACUAGUAACAGAAAAUUUUAAACUUAGCAUGCUUGACAGAUACAUUGGUGAGAAAGUGCUAAUUGAGUCACUCAAUGAUUCUGAAAAACUUUUCCGUGUAAUACCAGUAUCAGUAGAUGGUCCUCUAAAUAUGCCAUUUGAAUUAAUGCCUUUAAUUGCAAUUCAGUUUUACCAUUUCCAAAUGGCAAAAAAAGAAAGAAGGGAUGACAGCAUAUAUAUUAAGACACUAAAGAGUCUUUUCCUGCAUGGAAGAGAAAACUAUUUGAAAGAGUCUUGAUUGUAAAAUAUUGCUUUUUGUAACUGAAAUGUAUAGCCAAGUGAUGGUUACAUAUGGCUCAUAUAACUAUAAAACAUCUGUUU